AUGGGUACAUCAACCAAAGACGAGAAAGUCAAGGAAAGUGAUGAGUUACAAAGUAGUAAAUCCAAGAGAAGGGAUAGGAGCAAAGAAAGAGACAAUCGUCGCCGAGAACGUAGCAGAAGUCGAGAACAUGAUAGAUCAAAGCGACGUGAACGUAGUGGUAGUCGUGAUAGAGAUGGACGUAGCAGACGGCGCCGUCGAAGUGACAGCCGUGACAAGGAAGACAUAAAACGUCGCGGCCGGAGCAGAAGUCCCGAGCGUAGUGAAUCAAGUAGUAAGAAGGAGAAAGAUAGAGAUAGUCAUCGCCAUGACUUUGAUACUGAUCGUACAAGCAAAAGUAGUAAGCGAAGUAAAGAUGAUGCACAACUCGAUAAAGAUACUAGCAGUGGUAAUAAUCAAG